CGCUCGGGUCCGCCCGCCUGCAGCGUCUCGUUGGUGCUGCCGGUGACCUCCGACCCCGCGGCGGCGGGGCGGGGCGGGGAGACCUUAGCUCCGGGCGGGCGGCGGCUGCUGCUGCAGCGGCACCCGGGAGCGGGGCCCGGCGCCGCCUGGGCCGCGGGGCGAUGUGAGCCCCAGGUGUAUCCCAGAGGGAUCCGGGUGAACUUCUCUGCAGACUGUUUGCCAUGACAGCCCACCAAGGACGGAGGGAAUAAAGUGGGAAUCCUUCCCCAUGCCCCUCCCAUGGUCAGCUCCCCGAUGGCCUGGGUGAGGCACAGGCCUGACUAUUGUGAUGUAUAAUCCAAGUACCAGAAUCCUGGAGGGAAGAGCCAAAUAUGUAACAACUCAUUUGAAGAGGACAUCAAAAGAUAAAUUUGCCCUGGAUAUUGGGAUGUUGGGCAGGCUGGCUGCUCUGACACCAUGGGGAGCUGCUGCAGCUGCCUGUACAGAGACAGCGUUCCGGACAACCACCCCACCAAGUUCAAGGUAACAAAUGUGGAUGACGAGGGAGUGGAGCUGGGCUCUGGGGUGAUGGAACUGACGCAGAGUGAGCUGGUGCUGCACCUGCAUCGGCGUGAGGCCGUCCGCUGGCCCUACCUCUGCCUGCGCCGCUAUGGCUACGACUCCAACCUCUUCUCAUUUGAGAGUGGCCGCAGAUGUCAGACAGGCCAGGGAAUAUUUGCAUUUAAGUGUUCUCGGGCUGAGGAAAUCUUCAACCUCCUUCAGGAUCUGAUGCAGUGCAACAGCAUCAACGUGAUGGAAGAGCCUGUCAUCAUCACUCGCAAUAGCCACCCCACUGAGCUUGACCUCCCUCGAGCCCCCCAGCCGCCCAAUGCUCUAGGCUACACUGUCUCCAGCUUCUCCAAUGGCUGCCCUGGAGAGGGCCCACGAUUCUCAGCUCCCCGGCGGCUCUCAACGAGCAGCCUGCGGCACCCAUCGCUUGGGGAAGAGUCCACCCAUGCCCUCAUUGCCCCCGAUGAGCAGUCCCACACCUAUGUCAACACACCGGCCAGUGAAGAUGACCACCGCAGGGGCCGCCACUGCCUGCAGCCCCUGCCUGAGGGUCAAGUGCCCUUCCUCCCGCAGGCGCGGGGCCCUGACCAACGGGACCCACAGGUGUUCUUACAGCCGGGCCAGGUGAAGUUUGUGUUGGGCCCAACCCCUGCUCGGCGGCACAUGGUGAAGUGCCAAGGCCUCUGUCCCAGCCUGCAUGACGCCCCCCACCACAAUAAUAACAAUGAGGCCCCUUCCGAGUGCCCAGCCCAGCCCAAGUGCACCUAUGAGAAUGUCAGCAGCGGACUGCGGCGAGGGGCCGGCUGGAGACUGAGCCCAGAGGAGCCGGGCUGGAAUGGCCUUGCCCACCGCCGGGCCGCCCUGCUGCACUAUGAGAACCUGCCCCCGCUACCCCCUGUAUGGGAGAGCCAAGCCCAGCAGCUGGGAGGGGAGGCUGGGGAUGAUGGGGACUCGAGGGAUGGGCUCACACCCUCCUCCAAUGGCUUCCCUGAUGGUGAGGAGGACGAGACCCCACUGCAGAAGCCCACCAGCACCCGGGCCACCAUUCGCAGCCACGGCAGCUUUCCUGUGCCACUAACCCGCCGCCGUGGCUCCCCAAGGGUCUUCAACUUUGAUUUCCGCCGGCCGGGCCCUGAGCCCCCAAGGCAGCUUAACUACAUCCAAGUGGAGCUAAAGGGCUGGGGUGGAGACCGCCCUAAGGGGCCCCAGAACCCCUCGAGCCCCCAAGCCCCCAUGCCCACUACCCACCCUGCCCGAAGCUCAGACUCCUACGCCGUGAUUGACCUCAAAAAGACCGUGGCCAUGUCCAACCUGCAGAGAGCUCUGCCCCGAGACGAUGGCACCGCCAGGAAAACCCGGCACAACAGCACCGACCUGCCUCUGUAGGGAUGUCCUGGUCCUCACCACCCUCUGCCCCACCACAGUCCAGCCUCUGCCUCACACUCCUGCCCACUGAACCCACCCUCCCCAGGGUUCAGGGUUGCUUUGCGGAAGGCAUGGAGGUGAGACCAGAUGCUUCCCUGUGCUGGCUGGAGUGCCCAGAGAUAUCAGGCACUGAGUCUCCUGGUCUGUCUCCAAGCUGGGGAGAGAAGGGUGACCAGGCGAGGAGGGAGCCAUGACGUCAACUGUGAAGGGUUUCUGUGACUGCGUUUAGCGCCCUCCCGUUCUGUCCAUUUGUCUUGUCUGCCGACUGUUUGUGUGUGUGUUUUUUGGUUGGAAUUUUGAAACAUUUUGUACCUGUUAAUUUUAUUUAUCAGUUUAUUUUUCUAUUUAUUGUUUUAAAUGUAAUUUAACAUAUUUAUUAUUAAUAUAAUUAUUUUUAAAUUCUG